AUGGCAUCCAGAAGCUCCCAGAGGAGUCAUCACAUCCCGGCCGUCGUCAAGGGUCAUCGCCACUUCAGCUAUGGAGGCGCCGCUCUACCUGAAGAGAGGAUGAUCCAGGUUCCCAUUCCAAAGGAACAUCCGUAUCAGUCCCACAUCUCCCGCUUUGCCUUGUUUCCGACCUUCCAUUCUCCAGACGACCCAGACACGGGCGUACGAGCUGCUUCCAGACAACCCCUCAACCCCCUCAUACCGUCUAGUGCUCCAGAAGUUACGGUGCUGAGCAAAACUAAAGGUGGUCCAUACCGUAAUGAAGUGUUGGAGGUGCCCAUGACGGCGAGGAAGAAAGCCAUGGCCUGGGCUGGGCAACAUGGCUUCUUGGAUCACACCAAGCCAGUGAUGGAUGAGAGCCAGACGUUCUACCCCAAGCCCCAAAAGACAGUGCUCCCAAACUCCAUCCUGCGAGACACGGACAUGACUCUGUCAGAACGGACAGCCAACAUCCUCCAUAAUGUAGUGAAGUCACACUGGAUCACCUCCUACCAGAUGAACUUCACAGGGUCAGGACCUGCAAAUCCCUUAAGGAUGGAUGACUUCCAUGAAAAAAACAUUGAAAUGAUAUCUGGCAACUUGACUCCAUACAGUGCUCAGCUGAGAGAACGAUCCCAUCCAGUCAUGUUGCCCACCAUUCCAAGAGACGGCCGUGAGGCUAGAGUUAGGCAAGGACACCGUGCUUUGAAAAGCACCUACUGCCCUCCUGCCCUCACCCUUGCUGAACCCCUGAAUGCUAACCAUAUUUCCACCCAGAACCCAGAGCUUCUGGGAGCCCGGUCACAACAUCCAGACCCCAUUGGGAAGAAUGGCAUUGCAGAGGAGAUGAACGGUAUACACCCAGCCCCCAGCCCUGUUAGACCUGGGCAGACAGACAGGUCCGGGAUCAGGCCCAAGCAUCUCCACGAGGCAGGACUGUGGUGUGAGACUUGUGGGGAAGAGAAAUGUGUCUGUCAGGGCAGGGAGCCUCACGUGCGCAGGUCCGGGCCACAGAGCAGCCGGGCCACCAGAGCCUCCCUAGGAGCGGUGGAGAAGAUCACAGACACAGAACGCUCUCUGGCAUUGUACAGCCGACAGCUGCCACACUUCGUUCCUGAGAUAGAGGGUGCCAUAGUUGACACCCGUGAGGUGACACGUUAUGAAGACGUUCCUGCAGGCAGGAAUCACAAUUACACACUGGGGGGCAACCUGUUCAGCCUGACUGACCCAGUAUUAGAUACCAACAUAAAGGCAGUGAAAUUAGAUAGUGAGGGUUCUUCAAAGCAAGUUGUAACUAACAACUGGCCAGAUAGAGAGUUCCCACGCAGCAUCUCCAACCCUUGCAUCCAACCACGACCGCCUGCUCUGGCCUCUGCUCAGCAGGGGAGGAAGACUGGACGAGUGCCCCUGGGCCGCUCCCAUUCAUCCCUGCUGGAGCUCCAAGACUCAUUCAGCAAGACAGAGGUCCACCAGAGGCUCCACAGCACCUUCCAGGGGGCCACGGCGGACCUGCGCCUAAACACCUCCACUGGAAGGAAACACCAGUUCUACGGUCUUAAUUGCUAUUAUUUUAAUAACUGAGUUGGGUACUUGUGUCAUUUAACCCAAAGAGGUCACCACUGUGGCAGUUUUUCUUCUUGUUUGGUAAACAUUACCAGUAUAUCCACCACAAUGUUAUUCAGUUUCUUCUUUGCUUACUGUUUUCAAGGGAUUUUCAAUAAAUAAAUAAAGAAUGUUAAUGUGUUUUGUGAAUACAUGUAGACUUUUUGUACCCAGUGGCUACUCAAAGUUUAUUGUGUACACAAACACUUCCAUUUUUAAGUCAGCUUUGCUAAGCAAUGAAUGUCAGGAAUGACGUAAAAUAAUGCUUCAACUGUUAAUGAACCACCCGUACUUGUUUGGGAGGAAAAGAUACAGCCUUUAUUAAAACAAAUCUACUGCAAAGGUCUUAAGACAAGGAUGUAAAAAAACACCAAUGACAUUUCAUACAGUGUUAAACACAAUAUAUUUUUUGAAAUAUAUCUAAACAGAUGUCAAAAACGAUACCACGUGUUUUUAAUAAAGUACAGUCACACCCUAGAAAUAUUCUUAAAUGAGUA